AUGGAUCCUCGCUAUGGGGCACAGCCUCAGCAACAUCCACACCCUCACCGGACACCUUCGCCAGGUCAGCCGCUUCAGCAGGGCUACCAGCUUGACGACAAUCCCUUCGACGAUGGCCGAUAUGGACAGUAUGGCCCUUCUCAGCAGCACCUUCAUAUGCCCUCGGGCCCCGACCAGCACCGGUUACCUACUCCAAGCGAUCAUCUAAACCUCAAUGCAGCUCAAUCCGUCGACAACUUGUCUGGCUACGGGCCUCCUGGUGAUUACGCCGUAAACCCUGAAGCGCAUCACGAUGCCUACUACAACCAACCUUACGAGCCUCGUCCCCAGCAGCAACCCUACGAUCAGGGCUACGACCAAGAGUACGAGCAACCCUACGACGACCACAGGCCUAUGCUGCAGCACCAACCAUCAGAUGCGCCAAGCGAACCAUACCAAGAUCAACCGCAACAAGGUGGUGGAAUUAAGCGCUGGAAAACCGUCAAGCAAGUCCUCUUGUACCGCGGUAACCUGGUUCUGGAUUGUCCUGUUCCUCCAGUUCUGCUGCAACAGAACCCCCACGGAGAGCGUGAUGAGUUCACACACAUGCGAUAUUCCGCAGCGACUUGCGAUCCCAAUGACUUCUACGACCACGACUUCACACUGCGACAGAGGCUCUUCACAAAGCCCCGCCAUACCGAGCUGUUCAUCGUUGUGACUAUGUAUAACGAGGACGAUAUUUUGUUUGCCCGAACCAUGACCGGUGUUUUCAAGAACAUCGAGUACAUGUGUAACCGUCCCAACAGUAAGACAUGGGGUAAAGACGCGUGGAAGAAGAUCGUCGUCUGUGUCGUCAGUGAUGGUCGCUCCAAGAUCAACCCCAGAACCAAGGCUCUCUUGGCCGGUAUGGGUGUGUACCAAGAGGGUAUCGCCAAGCAGCAGGUCAACGGAAAGGAUGUCACGGCCCAUAUUUACGAAUACACCACGCAAACUCACCUUCAGAUCAAGAACGACGUUGUUCAGCUCGUCCACCGACGCCAGCCAGUUCAAAUGCUGUUCUGUUUGAAGGAGAAGAACGCCAAGAAGAUUAAUUCACACAGAUGGUUUUUUACGGCCUUUGGUAGAGUCCUGGACCCUAACAUUUGUGUACUUCUCGAUGCGGGUACUCGACCCGGUGGAAGCUCAAUUUACCAUCUCUGGAAGGCCUUUGAUCUCGAGCCCAUGUGCGGUGGUGCUUGUGGUGAGAUCAAGGCUAUGUUGGGUACUGGUGGAAAAUACCUUCUGAACCCGCUCGUCGCUGCUCAGAACUUCGAGUACAAGAUGAGCAAUAUUCUCGAUAAGCCAUUGGAGUCCGCUUUCGGCUUCAUCUCUGUGUUGCCUGGUGCCUUCUCAGCCUACCGCUAUGUUGCCCUUCAAAACGACAAGAACGGAAAGGGACCUCUGGAGAAGUACUUCUUGGGUGAGACGCUCCACGGUGGAAGCGAUGCUGGUCUUUUCGAGUCCAACAUGUAUCUCGCCGAAGAUCGUAUUCUUUGCUUCGAGUUGGUCACUAAGCGCAACUGUCAUUGGAUCCUGCAGUACGUCAAGUCAGCUACUGGUGAGACCGAUGUUCCCGAUACAGUUACUGAGCUUGUUCUCCAACGUCGCCGUUGGCUCAACGGUUCUUUCUUCGCUGCUAUCUACGCUAUUGUUCACUUCCUCGACUUCCUCCGAUCUGAUCACACUUUCUUGCGAAAGUUUGCCUUCUUCAUCGAAUUCAUCUUCAACACUAUCAACAUGAUCUUCGCUUGGUUUGCUAUCGGUAACUUCUUCCUCGUUUUCAAGAUUCUCACAACAAGUUUGGGAGAUGAUACGUUACUUGGACGAACAGGAGAAAUUCUGGGUGUCGUUUUCACCUGGCUCUACGGUGUAUUCCUAAUUACUUGUUUCGUCUUAUCUCUGGGCAAUCGACCAGCAGGUUCUGGUAGGCUCUAUACCGCCAUGUGUUGGUUCUGGGCUAUAAUCAUGAUCUAUCUAUUGUUUGCUGCUAUUUUCAUCGCUGUCAAGGCUAUCAUAGCUGACGUUAACGACGCAAACGGCUUUAAUUUUUCAGAUGUCUUCAAGAACAAGGUCUUUUACAUGCUUAUCAUCUCAGUCAUGUCGACAUUUGGUAUCUGGUUGAUCGCUUCGCUGAUCAUGUUGGAUCCCUGGCACAUGGCUACCUCUUUGGUCCAGUACAUGCUUCUCACGCCCACCUUUACAAAUGUUUUGAACGUCUACGCCUUCUGCAACACGCACGAUGUUUCUUGGGGUACCAAGGGUGACGACAAGGUUGAGAAGCUUCCUUCGGUCAACACCAAGGAUGGUACUGGAAAAACGGAUCUGCCCGACGAAGGAGAUUUGAACGCACAAUAUCAGCGAGAACUUGCUGUCUUUGCACAGAAGCACGUUGAAGUCAAGACUACUCCCACUCCCAGCCAGCUUCAGGAGAAGCAAAUGGACUACUACAGAGGUGUUCGUACUGGUGUCGUUCUCAUCUGGAUGGUGUCAAACUUUGGUCUGGCAGCGCUUGUUCUGAGCUCUGCAGGUCUAGAUCGAAUCAGCCCCAACAAGGAUAAGGACCAUGAAGCGGAACAGCUGAGCCGAUCCAACAUCUACAUGUCUAUCGUCCUUUGGAGUGUGGCAGGUCUGAGCGCGUUCAAGUUUAUCGGUGCGAUGUGGUUCUUGGUGGUGCGCAUGUUCCGAGGUGUCUAA